CUGAGUACAGAUCCAGUCCAGUUGCGUGCUGGCAGUCUGUCUCGCGUUAAACCUGCAAGAGAGAAAAGUGGUGCAACUAAAGCAUAGAAGCGGCACCCUUGGACUCAUCUCUCUCGUAACAUCGUCAGAGUAAACUGUAAGACGACUUAGGUUAGGAAUUAAGUGGUUUCGGCAAUGAAAGUGACACGCUUAUAUUUGUUGUUACAUAUUUUUUUGACAGUCUGUGUGCUGGUAAACACAUUAGACCUAUUCACAGUAACAGUGGCUCUAGGUGUCGGUGCGGCUCUCUGGAAUUAUUUAACAACUUUUGAAAGAUGCGAUCAGAAUUGGAUAGUCUUCAAUGCAACAGGUCUCCAGGCUGACCUUGAAAGCAAACUGUUCGGACAGCACAUUGCCUCACGCAUCAUCCUGAAAGCUGUGAGUGGAUUCAUGAGAAACAACAACCCACAGAAGCCUCUGGUGCUGUCUCUGCAGGGAUCAACCGGUACAGGCAAGAACUUUGUCAGCAAGCUGAUUGUUAAAAACAUUUACAAGAAGGGAAUGGACAGCAGCUUUGUUCAUAUUUUCACAUCCGAUUUUCACUUCCCACAUAAAAGUGAAAUUGAGACCUACAAGUCUCAGUUACAGCAGCGAAUCAAAGACAGUGUCAACAACUGUGGACGCUCCAUAUUUAUCUUUGAUGAAAUGGACGAGAUGCAUCCGGGAUUGAUUGACAGCAUAAAGCCGUUCCUGGAGUACCACAACAAUCUGGAUGGAGUUUCUUAUCGUAAAGCCAUCUUCAUCUUCCUCAGCAAUGCUGGAGGGGAGACCAUCACACAGACAGCUUUAGACUUCUGGAAUGCAGGACGAGAUCGAGAAGAGAUUGAGCUGAAAGACCUGGAAACAUCUAUCUCUGUAUCAGCAUUUAACUACAAUGGUGGCUUGUGGAAUUCACAUUUAAUAGACAAGAACCUGGUGGACUUCUUCGUCCCGUUUCUGCCUCUGGAGAAACGGCACACCAUCCAGUGUGUCAUGGACGAGAUGAAAGCGAGAGGACUUCGGCCAGACGAAAAUGUGGCAGAGCAGGUGGCCAGAGAUUUAGUAUAUUUCCCGAAAUCGGACAGAGUUUUCUCUGUUAAAGGCUGCAAGACGAUACAGAGCAAAUUGGACUACUAUAUAUAGUGUCAACAUGUGAUUGACGCUAAGGAGUAUUUAGUUAGCAAAUACUGCGCAAAGGUUUUAGGUAGAUGUGGGAAAAUGGUAAGAAUGAUUUCAAAAUAUAUUAUUUAUCAAAAUGCAAAAAGA